UUUCAAGAGCACACAUAUGGCACACGCCAUCCUAAAAUACAGAGUACACAGAAUUUGGAUCAAGGAUUUUUAUUAAAAGAAAAAAACAAUAAUAAUAAUAAUUAACGAAGACAAAACAUGCCGAAAGUACGACGAAGCAAAAAACCGCCUCCUGAUGGCUGGGAGCUGAUCGAACCAACUCUGGAAGAGUUGGAGCAAAAGAUGCGCGAGGCCGAAACGGAGCCUCACGAAGGUAAAAGAAAGCAAGAAUCUUUAUGGCCAAUAUUUAAAAUCCAUCAUCAGAAGUCUCGUUACAUAUACGAUUUAUUUUACAGGAGGAAAGCGAUAAGUCGCGAAUUGUACGAUUACUGCUUGAGUGAAAAUAUUGCGGACAGGAACCUAAUCGCCAAGUGGAAGAAGGUCGGCUACGAAAACUUAUGCUGCUUGCGAUGCAUUCAGACGAGAGACACUAAUUUCGGUACAAACUGCAUCUGCAGAGUGCCAAAGGGCAAACUGGAGGAGGGCCGAAUAGUAGAAUGCAUACACUGCGGUUGCAGAGGAUGUUCGGGUUGAAUGUUUCCCUAUUCGAUAUUCACUCGCAAUACGUGAGCGUCUUUGCGGAAGGCUGAGAUCGUAAUAUUUGCACCGAAACGCAUUUUUGGCAGGCGCAUCAAUUUCUCGUCGCCAUCCAUGAAGAUCUUUCCACGAGAUGUGAUCAUCAACGUUGCUGUUCUCUUUAAAGUGUCGUGACUGUCUCGUGGAUUGUAAACUAACG